AUGCUUGCUCACACGCAUAGGAUCAAUAAGUGCCUGUACGGGCAAAACCAGAUGCGCAAUAGGCAUGCCCUUCUCGGGGCACUGCCACCGAUCUUCCUGCUGCUCCUUCCCUUAAUAUCAUGCAUGAAGUUCGACCCAGAAAGGAUAGCUGCAAGACUUCGAAUCGAUGAAAAAUGGGAUCAACUUGAUGCAUUUCAAUCCAUAAAAUCAAGAAGAGGACGGCAGAUUCAACCAAAGGAAAUUAGUAUUCAAGUUACUGCUCCAUUAUUCUCAAGUCGUCUUUUCGAUUACGGUACCACCGCCGGAGAUGAAGAGCUCCCACAGGCUCUUGAUGUUGGAAAGAAGUUAGAUCUAGUACACCCGAUUUCCUUCUUUGGAUCUGACUACAAAACUAUUUAUAUUCUCUCAAACGGGGCCGUGGGCUUUGAGGCGAGUUCCAGGUCCUAUAAAUCUGGAAUUCUACCGAGCUCUACGAGGUUUUUAGCGCCAUUCUGGAAUAGGAAUGAUCUACGAAAUGGUGGAAAAGUCUAUUACCGAGAGGUGACAAAGGGAAGAGUGUUGGAGCGGGGUCAAUCUGAAAUUCGGUACCAAUAUGAUAAAAAUGUAAAAGUGAAGUCAGCACUUAUUAUUACUUGGGACAAAAUGCAGCCAUUGAACACUGCGGCGCUUCCAGAAGAGAACACAAAUACAUUCCAAGCAGCAAUUUUCAUUACUGCAAACGGAACAUUUGCCAACUUCAUAUACAGUAAUAUCGGAUGGACACAAGGCGCCGAGGCUGGAUUCAACGCUGGCGAUGCUACAAAUCACUUCAAGCUCCCAACCUCAGGCACCCCGAAUAUUAUGUACUUGGAAGAAUACGGUAAUACCGGAAUCCCUGGAGAAUGGAUGUUUGAGCUCUCCGAGCUCAGAGUGAUCAGCUGCAAAUCUGGAAUCAAGGGUGACACAUGUGAUCAGGAAUGCUCAAAUGGUGAAUGGGGUCCAGACUGUGCUUACUGCUGUCAUUGCUCCGAGGGAACUUGUCACCCGAUUUCCGGAGAUUGUCAACGUGGAUGUGCUACGUGUUGGGACGGUGUCGCAUGUCAAACGAGACAGGAAAAGUGUGCAACAAAGACGCAAUGUGCCUCGAAUGCUCUUUCCUUUAAUGAUUAUGAUAGAUGCGGAGAGCCCAUUCAACGGUGUCAAUGUCUCAAUGGAUACAAGGGAGAUGGUUAUAAUAAUUGUGAAGAUGUCGACGAAUGCAAGACCAAUUCAACAAUCUGUCACAAGAACGCAAUCUGUACUAACACCCCUGGAAGAUAUUUCUGUAUGUGUAAAGAAGGAUUCAGUGGUGAUGGACAAAAUGAUUGCUCUCAAUCAUUCCUUUUCCAAUAUGAUACCCAUCAUCAACUUCCUAGAAAGAAAAACUCGAAAAUGGAAUGGAAUCUCAAAAAACCAUUAAAGAUUUUUGGAGAAACCACAGAGAAAUUGACAGUUACCUCAACAGGACUUAUUGCUAUAAAUGAAGUUAAUAGAGAUAAUGGUCGACUGGAAGAUAUGCAACUUGUUGGAAUUGCUCCAUUCUUUGGACCAAUUGAUUUAUCAAGAAAUGGGGCUGUUAGUGUAGAAGAAGUUGAUGACGUGGAAGUACUCCGAAGGGUGACAAGGACUAUUGGAGAGAAUUAUAAUGAUCCAACAUUUGUGGCGAAGAGUGCUUUGGUGGUCACUUUUUCAAAUGUUACUGAUGGAAGACAGACGAAAGGAAACACAUUCCAAGCCCUUCUAAUCGAUGGUUCUAACUCCAAAAACGAGAAAAUGACAUUUGUGGAGCUAAUGUACCGUGAUCUCCCGUGGGCGAGUGGUGCCGAAGCUGGAAUUCUCUCAUCUGAUGCUUCUUCUUCAAUUCUUCUUCCAGCAUCUGGAACUGAAGCAAUAUCUCAAUUGUCGAAAAACAGUAAUAUCAAGCAACCUGGCACAUGGCUCUACCGUAUCGAUAAGGCUCAACUGAUGCCUUGUGCUCAACCAAUUCAAGUGCCACCUUACUGCGAUAGGUUGUUGAGUACAGCUCCCCGACUCCCUUCGAAACUUCUGGAAGAGAAAAAGGAAGGUCUUACUCUUCCAUCUCCAGGAGCAUUCCUUGUAGAUCAACCAUCCGAGACAAUCGUUCCAACUCUCGUAAGAGGUGGAGGUACAGUAACCCGUGGCAGAAAUGUGCUCACUGUCACCACUUCCCCUAUCGGAAACCAGCAACGACAACAAACUACAAAAGCCGUGACAAGACCCCGACCAAACUUUUCGAGUACCCCACAUCGACCGAUAGUUUCUCUGUCUGAUGAGGAUUUUGAACUGGGACCCGACGCGUUUGAGGUCACAUUCCCGCCGUUUGUCACCGUGCAACCGGAGUUGUUCCGUCCGAAUCAAAGGAAUGGAGUACAGAAGUCUACCCAGAGGCCUCUGCCUGAUUUCUCAAUUAGAACGCCACUCAAGGAAGAGGCCACCACAUCGGUGCCACGUGAAAAAACGAGCUCUGCAGCUCCAGCACAUUCUCCAAUUGAAGAAAUGUCUGAAAACGAGGAAUCUCCAUUUGAAGCUGGAUCUUUCGAUGGAGAAGCUGUCAAGUUCAACGAAGAGUUGGAGGCUAUUGAUAAGGCGCUCCAAACCACUAAGAAGCAGCGCCCAGAGCUUUCUGUAACACCACAGCCAGAGGAUCUCAGUGGAGAUGCUCGCGUUAUAGAAACCACUGAAGAAGAUGAAGAAGAAGCUGAGAUUUCCACAGAAACAACUACUGAAAUGAGUUCUACAACCACAACUACAAAGGCCCAUACAACUACAACCACAAUGAUGAUUCCAACAGAAGCUCCACCAUCAAUUUUCGUUUUUACUACAACUCAAAAGCCACGUGCCCAGAGUACAACUCAAAAGAGAAUAAUAGUUCAACAGCCAUCAAUUGUAGUGAAUUCUCAGCCACCAAAACAGAGGAAUGAUAAUCAGCCAACUGUUAAUGUGGGACACGCAGAGGAGCAAUCACCAAGACUAGCAAUUCUGCUGCCAGUAAUGAUAAUUCUCGCAUGGCUUGUAAUUCUCGUGUGCAUCGGAGCAGUUGUAUGCUGUAAACGACGAAAUUCUCGAGAAUCUUCACAACUCCGAGCAAUGUACGGAGCCGCGUACGGGGUACGGCCGACGGCAUACGAGUCAAAACGAAAAGAAUCCACGUAUGAAGAUCAUUUGGAAAGAGCCGCUCGGUUAAGUGGACAACCAGCUCUUUCUGGACAACAGGCGGGAAAAGUAUCUCUCUACGGAAGUUACUGGAAUCUUGAACCACUAUCAAAUCAUUCACCGGCACGGCUAUCAACACAGGAACGUCAAUCGCCACCGAGUUUUGUUAACAACGGGUAUACUAAUCAGACAACGCGGUACACAUACGCAGGGCACUAUUAAUCAACGAUUAUCACCUACUAUCAUCACGACGUGUGUGCCUCUUAACUCAUGUUUUUUUGUACUUCUUAUAUACUAUCACUAAUAAUUUGUCGCAAUUUUGAAUUUUUGGAUGGCUGCAUGGCCUAGAAAAAGCUAGGCCACGUACCAAUGACCUAGAAAAUACCUAGGCCACCUCCUUAAAAAAUUCAAAAUUGCCUCGAAAUUUCCUCAUUGUUGUUGUGACAUUCACAUCUGCUCAUUUUCACCGUUUUCUUUGCGUGUUACAUUUUUCCGUCUAAUUUUCUUUCAAUUUCCUUCAGAAAACAACAUCCGAAUCAACUUUAAUCGAGUGCGUCAGAUUAUGAUUUCUUCGGGAAAAUAAUUUUUUUCUAAUAAUUAAUUUUUCGCCUAGAUAUUGCCCCAUUAUUUCUUUCAAUUUCCUUCCAACUUUUCAUGUAUUAUUUUUUCUUUUUUUCUGCCUAAACCUGUAAUUUUUCUGAUUGUUCGCCUACUGACGGGAUACACACAUUUAUUUUAUGUGAGCAUUCAUACCAUGUAUAUCGAUUUUUACAACAAAAAAAAUCGCUUCAAAUUUAAUUUUUUGCGAAAAUAAAGCAUUUUUCAAAAA